AUGACAAGCCUGGUAAUAACAUCUACCCUAAUACUUAUACUAGUAAUUCUCAUCUCCCCUUUACUAAUGACACUAAACCCCAAACCACAAAAACCAGAAUGAGCUCUAAUACACGUCAAAAUAGCCGUAAGCACCGCAUUCUUUAUUAGUUUAGUGCCACUCAUAAUCUUUCUAGACCAAGGUGCAGAAAGCAUUAUCACCAAUUGAAAUUGAAUAAACAUUAUAACCUUCGACAUUAACAUUAGCUUUAAAUUUGACCACUACUCCCUAAUCUUCACCCCCAUUGCCCUAUUCGUAACCUGGUCAAUUUUAGAUUUCGCAUCCUGAUACAUACACUCCGACCCAAAUAUAAACCGAUUCUUUAAAUAUUUACUACUAUUCCUAGUAACCAUAAUUAUCCUAGUAACUGCUAACAACCUAUUCCAACUAUUCAUUGGUUGAGAAGGCGUAGGCAUCAUAUCAUUCCUGCUAAUCGGAUGAUGAUACGGCCGAGCCGACGCUAACACAGCUGCCCUCCAAGCUGUGCUUUAUAACCGAGUGGGAGAUAUUGGGUUAGUCCUAUCAAUUGCCUGAAUUGCAAUAAACCUCAACUCCUGAGAAAUUUCACAAAUCUUCCUAUCCUCCAAAGAUUUUGACAUAACUCUCCCACUCAUCGGCCUAAUUGUGGCGGCUACGGGCAAAUCAGCCCAAUUUGGCCUCCACCCGUGACUCCCCUCAGCCAUAGAAGGCCCAACUCCUGUGUCCGCCCUACUGCAUUCAAGCACAAUAGUCGUUGCCGGUAUUUUUUUACUCAUUCGACUCCACCCCUUAAUAGAAAAUAACCAACUGGCCUUAACCAUCUGCCUAUGCCUAGGAGCCCUCACCACCUUAUUUACCGCCACCUGUGCCCUAACCCAAAAUGAUAUCAAAAAAAUCGUAGCUUUCUCAACAUCCAGCCAACUAGGCCUAAUAAUAGUAACCAUUGGAUUAAAUCAACCUCAACUGGCCUUCCUACAUAUUUGUACACACGCCUUUUUCAAAGCCAUAUUAUUCCUCUGCUCAGGGUCAAUUAUUCACAGCCUAAAUGAUGAACAAGACAUCCGAAAAAUAGGCGGACUCCAUAAAUUAAUGCCUUUCACUUCUACCUGCCUAACCAUUGGAAGCCUCGCUCUUACAGGUACCCCCUUCCUAACAGGCUUCUUCUCAAAAGAUGCUAUCAUUGAAGCCCUAAAUAUCUCCUACCUAAACGCCUGAGCCCUCACCUUAACAUUAAUCGCCACCUCCUUCACCGCCGUAUACAGUUUCCGAGUAAUCUUCUUCGUAACCAUGGGCACCCCACGAUUCGCAUCACUAUCCCCAAUCAACGAAAACAACCCCGCAGUCAUCAAACCCAUUAAACGACUAGCCUGAGGAAGUAUUAUCGCAGGGUUAAUCCUGACAUUAAACUUCCUUCCCUCAAAAACACCAAUCAUAACGAUACCCCCUGCCCUAAAACUUGCCGCUCUAACAGUAACCAUCCUAGGAGUCUUAACCGCUAUAGCCUUAACAAGCACAACCUCAAAACAAUUUAAAAUUAUCCCAACCCUUGCACUUCACAACUUUUCUAAUAUGUUAGGAUAUUUUACUUCAAUUGUCCACCGCAUCACCCCAAAACUCAACUUAUCACUAGGAAAACAAGCCAUAAAAUUAGACCGUCAAUGACUGGAACUUGGCCCCAAAGGAAUAACCCCAAUCCAUCACACACUAUCAUCCAUGUUAGAUAGCAUUGACAUCAACAUUAUCAAAAUUUACCUAACAAUCUACCUACUUACCACAGCCGUCAUUAUCACCAUUCUGGCCGCACUUUAAACUGCUCGAAGUGCCCCUCGACCCAGCCCACGAGUAAGCUCUAAUACCACAAAUAAGCUCAGCAAUAAAACCCAAGCACAUACAACUAAUAUUCCUCCCCCCAAAGAAUAUAUUAAAGCCACACCACUCAUAUCUCCCCGCAACAUAAAAAACUCCUUAAACUCAUCCACAACAACCCAGUAGCCCCCAUGUCAGCCCCCACAAGACCAUCACACUGCCACCCCUACCCCUACCAAAUAUGCCAAAACAUAACCCUUCACCGAACCCUCCCCCCAAGUCUCCGGAAAAGGCUCAGCGGCCAAAGCUGCUGAAUAAGCAAAUACAACUAAUAUUCCUCCCAAAUAAAUCAAGAACAACAACAAAGACAACAAUGAGCCCCCAUGACCCACCAACACACCACAACCAACGCCUGCAGCCACCACUAAACCCAAAGCAGCAAAAAUUGGAGCAGGAUUAGAAGCAACCCCCACCAAACCCACCACUAAACUCAACAGAAACAAAUUAAGAAGAUAAGACAUAAUUCCCGCCCGGACUCUAACCGAGACUAAUGGCUUGAAAACCCACCGUUGUCCUUCAACUACGAGAACCCAAUGGUCACCCGAAAAACCCACCCCCUACUCAAAAUUGUUAACAGCACCCUUAUUGACCUCCCCGCCCCUUCAAACAUUUCCGCAUGAUGAAAUUUUGGCUCCCUUCUCCUUUUAUGUUUAAUUAUACAAAUUCUAACAGGACUAUUCCUGGCUAUACAUUAUACAUCAGACAUCUCCACAGCCUUCUCCUCUAUUGUACACAUCUGCCGCGACGUCAACUACGGAUGAGUUAUCCGUAAUCUACAUGCCAAUGGAGCAUCCUUCUUCUUCAUCUGCAUCUAUCUGCACAUCGGCCGAGGCCUUUACUACGGCUCCUAUCUAUAUAAAGAAACAUGAAAUAUUGGGGUAGUACUCCUACUACUAGUAAUAAUAACUGCCUUCGUAGGCUAUGUUCUACCCUGAGGACAAAUAUCAUUCUGAGGGGCCACAGUCAUCACAAACCUACUCUCCGCUAUCCCAUAUAUUGGAGACAUACUAGUACAAUGAAUCUGAGGGGGUUUCUCCAUUGACAACGCAACUCUAACACGCUUCUUUGCAUUCCACUUCCUCCUGCCAUUUGCAGUUGUAGCCGCCACUGCUCUCCACGCCCUGUUUUUACAUGAAACAGGGUCUAACAACCCCCUUGGUAUCAACUCCGAUACAGAUAAAAUUACAUUCCACCCAUACUUCUCAUACAAAGACGUGCUAGGAUUCGUGAUCCUAAUUACAUUCCUAGCAUCUCUAGCACUAUUCUCCCCAAACCUUCUAGGAGACCCAGAAAACUUCACCCCUGCUAACCCCUUAGUAACACCACCACAUAUUAAACCAGAAUGAUACUUCCUAUUUGCCUACGCCAUCCUCCGAUCAAUUCCCAACAAACUAGGGGGAGUUCUAGCACUACUCUUUUCAAUCCUAGUACUUAUAUUAGUCCCCCUUCUACAUACAUCAAAACAACAAGGAUUGACCUUCCGACCCUUAACACAAUUCCUAUUCUGAACGCUAGUAGCAGACGUAAUGAUCCUAACAUGAAUUGGGGGAAUACCUGUAGAACACCCAUUCAUUAUUAUUGGUCAAAUUGCCUCCAUCCUAUACUUUGCCCUAUUUUUAUUCUUUAACCCAUUAGCAGGUUGAUUAGAAAACAAACUACUUAACUGAAAUU